CGAUAAGAACAGCCGUUGCAAGAGAAUAAUCAAACAAAUUGUCAUUCAAUGACAAUUUGAAGAGCCUCUUUUGCCUAGUUUCAUGGCUUUUUCGUGGUCUCUUUAUCGAAAUCCGAGACCAAGAUGAGUGACACAGAUAAUAGCCUUUUGUUAAAGCGAAUAAGUGAAGCAUGAAAAGAAGAAAGAAACUACUGGAGGCGUGAUUGUUACAGUGCUGUUCCGGAGCGUGUCUUGUCCCUGAACUUUUUGUGACAGGACAGAAAAACUUAUGCCUAUGCCUUUGCUAUUGGUAUUCGAUUAAUUGCUUCAAUUUUUCUACUUUUCGAUCAAUCUAAGCUGUCCUCGCGCACUUCCAUCUUCCAAUCUCCCUUAAACGGCAAGAACAAUAACAUCGUUCGAAGAAUGGGACACAACACACGAUCGUUGCCAAAUCCGGUUGCACGGCGUGGACUACCGUGUCAAUAAUGUCAUUGCUCUCAGUCACAGUUCGCCGCGCUCAAUUGGUUGGACCUCAAGUAGCUCAAAGCACCGUUUACGUAACUCUUAAACUUCAAAAUGUCAAAUCCACUACAGUGCCUGUCAAAGGGCCACAGCCUUGUUGGGAGCAAGAUUUCAUGUUCGAACUCAACAACUUGGACACCGGCCUUUUGUUGGAGGUUUGGGACAAAGGCAUGCUCUGGGAUAAAGCCAUUGGAUACUACUGGGCUCCUCUUCAUCAUUUGCAAUGUGCAAGGGUGGAGCCUGGUGGUAUCUGGCUGCCUCUGGACUCUGAAGUGGUGGUGGAAAACGGACAAAUACUAUGCACGCGAAAUCCAACGGGACACAGCCUUUUAGUAGAUUAUAGAUUUGAAAUGCCUUCCGAUUUUAGUUAUGAAGAUCCUACUGAGAUCCAAAGAAAACUCGAGCACCUCAAUCAUAUAAUGAGUCAAGAUUGGAACCCCAAUGAUCCAAACAGAAAAAUGUUCCUCUCCCAAUCCGGGUUCUCGGAGGACAGUGAUUACACCAGUGAUAUAAACUUCCCUAUUAAUUCCCAAAUACCAAACGCAGCCACUUCUCAAUACUUACAAGCUGCCAACAAUCUCCAACCGCCCGUUCCAAGCACUCCACAAAAGUCCUUCGAAAGUUAUGACUCCCAAUAUUUUGAAACCAGUCACGAGUACCCCCCCAAUGGUGACUUGAACACACAACAAGCCUUCAAUCCGCAAGAGCCAUCAUACAUUCAAUCUCAGGAAUACUUCGACCCAGGUGGGACAGAUAUCCCAAGCCAAAGCCAAAGUGGCUAUGUUAUCAAUCAGCAAGAAGACUGGAAUCAAGCUUGUCCGGGGAACAAUCCACACCAAAUCAAUAGCCUUCCUCAAGAUCAGCCUUUCCAAGGGCAGCACCAACAGGCCCCACUAGUCCAUGAGCAGUUGCACUCACACACCUUGGGGUUAAUGAAUGGGGAAGACGGGUAUUGUGAUCCAAACUAUGACCAAGGAGGAUGGUACACGGAUGACGUGGGCGAAUGGCAACAGGAUCCUUAUUACAAUCAAACCAAUGUUUCUGCGACUCAAGACCACUCUCUGAUUCAGCAACCACAACUACAAAGUCAACAGCCUGCCGAGACCCUGCAUCACAAUCCUCAAAAUCAAUCAGGUGCCAAUAUGACGCAACCCGUGGAGAGCAAUAGCAGCGGGCCGUUUGGUUUCAUGAAGAGCCUCUUGCCGUCUUCCGCGACAUCAGCCACCACCAAUCAAGUCAGCGAGCUGAACAAGAAAAAUUCCAUUGUCAAUCAAUCGCAACCUCAAAGCGACUAUAAUAUUCCGUACGGAAAUGAUCAAGCCGAUUAUUCGUCGUAUUAUGAAAAUGGUUGGUUUCAAGACGAAUACGGUCAAUGGUUUCAAGACCCAACGUACACUAAGAAACCUGAGGCUUCCAAAGGAGCUCCAACUAUUGGCCAGUCGUCGUAUAUUGUCAAUUCGAGUGAUCCACACCAACAAUACCCACAGCAACACCCCCCAUCCACUCAUCAACCAGCGUCCUCAUCCUCGCCUUACGUCGUAUCAGACAGCAACAAAAACGCCCACCAAGGCUCAGCGGUGGGCGGACACAAGAAGCCAGAUAACUACGAGGAAGGAUGGUAUCAAGACGAAUCAGGGGAAUGGUUGAACGAGUUUGAUUGGCAUCAGGAUGAAAACGGCGAGUGGUACUACGAAGAUAGUUAUGAUUAUGAGGCGGAUGGAUGGGUCCAAGAUUCAAAUGGGGAAUGGAUUCAAAACGCCCCGAGUGGUGCAAAAACUAACUUAAAUGGAUCCAAAUCAAUGUUCAAAAACAUAACUGACCUCGGAGGAAAUGUUUUCGGAGGCAAGUCCGCCCAGCAACUGCAAGAGGAGAAGGAAAAGAAGGCAGCUGAAGAGCAACGCCAAAAGACCCUUUUGGAGCAACAACUAAGGCAAAAAAUCGCACUGGAACAACAACAAAAGGAAAUCAUGCAACAAAGAAUUCAACUUGAAGCGGAAAAGCAGAAACAGAGACAGGCAGAGCACGAAAAAUUGCAACAGGAGCACGAACGCCAGCGAAAAAAGCAUUUGGAAGAUGAAAGGAAACAACAGAUGGAAAAGGAGAGAUUGCGUCAAGAACAAAUGCGUCAGCAGCAAGAGAAACAAAAUAUCAUUCAAUACCAGCAACACCAGGAAAAAAUUCACCACCAACAAGAGCAAGAGCGAUUGCGACUUCAGCAAGAGCAAGAAAGAAUCCUAAAGCAACGCGAAUUAGCGCAAGAGGCGCUCCAAAAGCAACAACAAGCACAACAAGAGGCUUUAAGAAAACAUCACCAAAGGAUCGAGCAAGAAAGACAAAGACAGCAUCAACAACUCCAGAACGAGCUUCAGAGGCAAAAGCAACUGAUCCAAGUGGAGCUUCUAAAAGAGAAACAACUUUUGGAACAAGAAAAGAAGAAGCAAUUGGCCGAGCUCGAGCAAAAGAAGCUAGAAGACAUUCAAGCGCAAAAACGAAUAGCUGAAGAGCAAGCUGAGAAGACCAAAUCUGACAUCCUAGCUCAGAAGCUACUGGCUGACGAGGAGACCAAAAAGGCCAAAGAUGAUAUUGAAAACCAGAAAAGGUUGGCCAAAGAGGAGAGCCGAAAAGCCCAAGAGGAAAUUCAUUUGCUUAGAAAAGCUGCCGAGGAGCAAGCCCAGAAGGCCAAGGAUGAGCAAUUAGCCCGAGAUACGACAUCAUCAAAACCAACAAAAACAACAAACCUGCCUUUCAUCGCCAGCUCGAGUAGUUUGGAUGCCACCCAACCCCAAGACCCGAUUUUUAUGCAUGAGUCAGAAGCUAUGCUUCCCCACGUGACCUCGAUGACCUCGGGGGCUGGGGACGAGAAACUGCCAACCCGUCCUGCUGAUUAUGACGAUUACUGGUACGAGGAUGAGGAUGGAUGUUGGCGGAAUCAAUACGACGACAACGACUACGAAUAUGAGACCGACGACGUUCAGCCUGAAUUGAUUGUUCCGGAGCCGGAAAACAUCAAACCGAUCAUCAAGGAAUCUGUCCAAACAGAGCCAUCGCAGCAAUCACUCAAGACUGAAGACAGACGGGGUAGUGAGGGCAAAAACCCAUUCUCCUUUGGAUCGUCGUACAUUGUCACAGAUAAGGAUGUACAAAGAAAAGGCAGCACGCAUAGCGCAGCUUCUCUCGAAAAAGAACCAGAAGACAGGUCGUCACAACGAUUAAGCAAUUCGAGCCCUUCCAAUGACAGGCGAAAUAGUUCGUCUAAUAGCACCUUCAACAGGGUUCGAUCCAAGCCUGAAAUCGUGAUACCACGCCCAAAGGAACUCCCAUUGUCAGAUAAUCCAACCACAGCUGAUUUGUCCCAAGUCACCUUUGACCAUUUGAAGGCGAACCAAGAAGAGAGACUUCCCCCUCGACCAGCUGAUUACGAGUAUUAUUGGUAUCAGGACGACGACGGAAACUGGAGGAAUGAAUACGACGACGAAGGGUUCGUUUUUGCCGACUCUGAAUAUGACAACACCAAGGACGAAGACUUUUACACAGAAGAGGAGCUCCAGCAAGUCGAGCAAGAAAUGAAAAGCAGUGUCCCAGAUUAUACUGACCUUCAGGAGCCAAGAGAGGAACGAGUGGAGCCCUGUGAGACAAAGACAGAUGCUUCUGAAGCAUAUCUCGAAGUCCCCAAUGUUGACAUGGGUCCGAUUCAAAGUGAAGAUGAAAGUGAAGACUAUGUCAAUGGCCAGUAUCAGCACAACAUGGGUAAGAGCGAUCCUCCACGGUCCCUGGAAUACAAUCAGACUGAGCUGGAGUUGGAAUCACACUCGAAGGAGCGCUGGCAGUGGGCAUUCCAUCGAAUCGUGCAGAUCACGCGCUUAAUGCCCAAGGAAAUGAAGGAAAACUUAACUGAACUCAACGCUGAAAUGCCAUUUGAUGACAAACCGACCCCACGUCAAUCGUUUCCCGACGAGAUCCAAGCCUGGAACGGCAACACCCUGGAUGCCACAGUGCAGUUCAUGGACGAAGAUUAUCCAGAAGAUCUCGAUACCUCAACUGUACCAACCGUCGAUCAGAUAUUGGAUAAGCCAGCCAAGUCAGAGGCCCAAUCUGGACAAGUUCCACCAUUCGAUAACUUUGAGCCAGAAAUAGCGUCUCAUGGCAUUGAAGACGAGUUUCAUGAUGCCAUUGAGCAUCCAGGCGAUGAGUAUGUGGAAGAAGAACAAUACGAGGGUGAGUAUUAUUAUGAAGAGGAAGAAGAAGAAUAUUAUGAACCAGAGGAAUAUUGGCAAGACGACACAGAACAGCAACCAGAACAACCAGAAUCCUCAGUUCUUGAAGUACCGAGGUUUGACGAACCACCCCUACAGGAAAAGAUAACACCGGAGGUUACUGUGGUUGUUGAGGAUAACAUGAAGCAAGUAGCAGAUGAAGCCAGUAAAGCAGCAGCCGAAGCCGCAAAUGUAGCUGCGGAGGCGUCGAAAAAUUUGGCCAAAGGCUUGUCGAACUUUGGAGGUGGGUUAAUGGGAGCUAUGUCGAAUAAAAUAGAAUCCAAACCCUCGACAGAGAACAAAAAAUCCUCUGGACUGUUUGGUGGAGCAAGUCCGGCCAAGAAAGGAUUUGGGGGGUUCGGUGGAUUUGGAUUCUCGUCCGCAAAGAAGGAAGAAACGUCCUCGGGAGGGUUUGGUUUGGGAGGAUUUAACUUUGUUAGCCCAGUCAAAAGUGACCAGCCUUCGACCAGCCAAAAGAAAUCUGACGGGUUUGGGUUUGGAAAUAUGCUAUCAAAUCUUGAGGGGGCUUUUGACGGGGCCACGAAACCUCCUCAAGAGGUCAACCAGCCAAAAGUGCCUCUAUCAUCGGCUGCAGACGAUCAAAAUCGCGAACAAAUCGUGUCAAGUCAAGGCCAAGAUCUCAAGGUUGACAACGCUUCAAGCCCGACGAAAAAUUUGAACGGAAACCUUGAGCCUCUUGAAACCGAAGAGUAUCCGGAAGACGAUUAUUAUUAUGACAAUAAUGACAAUAAUCUCAACGAAGAGUACGAAGAUUACGGAGAGGAAGAUUACUACUACGAAGAGGAAGAAGAACCACAGUGCGAGGAACAUCACAUCGAAGAGCCGGAACAGACGAUGGAGCAGUCUAGCGAAUUGGACACUGAUUUACAAGAACAGAUGAAGGAGAGAGAUGUCGAUAACUUUGAAACUGUCAACGAAGAAAAAGUUCCCUCCAUCAAUGCAGAUGAAUGUGUUAAUGAUAAAGAAUACCCCCUUGUCAAUGCACUUGAUGUUAGCAAUCAUGCGGAGGAAGGCCUCUCUGUCAAUCCACGUGAAGAUGGUGAUUUGGGGGAAAUCUCCUCCAACAUCCCGUUUGAAACGAAUGCCAAGGAUCAGUCCGAUCAAAAUGUUCCUCGUGAUAACUACGACGAAGAAGAACCGCCUCCCCGGUCAAAUGACCUUGGAGAACCUGGCGUUGGGGAUGGUGCUCGGGACGAUGUGGAGCUUGAGCAGAGUGAGGAGAAAGGUGCGGGGAACUUGGAGCAAAUAGCGGAAGAUGGCGAUGUCCUACCUGAAGAGGCGAUUGCUAAGCCCCGGACGGGCAAAAUGACUGGAAGAGAGCGUUGGUGGUGGGCAUACAUGAAAGUGAGACAGAUGAACUGGUUCUUUAAACAAGGCUACCCACCCGAAUUGAUAGAUGAGUUUAUGGCAGAACAAGACAUUUAUGAAGAUCAGUAUUACGAAGAUGGCGGCUACUAUGAUGAGAAUGGCGAUUGGAUAGACUGUGUGGCUGGUUACGAAGACCAAGAGAUUGGUGAAGACGAUUACGGUUUCAAUGACGGCCAGGAACUCGAUCCCAACGCUUUGGAGGAAGUUAUCCCAACAGAAAUUGGCGGGGAGAAUGAAGAAGAUGAGGAAAUGGUACCCUCACCGCCACCUCAAUCAGAGCCUCAGCCACCUGCUCCAGGCGGACUAGCCACCAAAAUGAACGGCAAUGCUCCCAAAGCGGCCAACGAUGUUAUUGAUAAGGAUCUGAAAGCCGCUCAAGAUGCGGCCAAAGCGGCUGGUGACGCAGCUAAGAAUCUGAUCGGUGGGAUUGGUGGAUCGUUGUUGGGUGGAUUCUCAGGAGGGAAGAAAUCGGGCGGAUUCGGCUUAGGGAGCUUUUUAGGAGCGCCCAACGUUCCAAAGCCUUCAAAGGUUCCAGACUCCAAACAGAGUGUCAAAAUUCAGCCCAAAGAUCCCGUUCCACAACCAAAAGUCGACAAUUCCUCUCCUCUACCGACCAAUGAAAUCAAAGGAGAGGUAAGUGAACCUGCUAAAGAUAAAGGUCCAGCACCUGCUGAAGUGGUCAAGGUCGAAGAAACGGAAGAAGAGGUCGAUUGGGACAAGACCAUUGAAGAGCCAGCAACCAAGUCAGACAAUCAGCUAGGAACGAGGCCUGGGGAAAACGAGCAUGAGCACGUUCCACAAGAAGACGAAAGUGGUGUUGAAAUGGCAUUCCGGGAAGCCAAGCCGUCGAGUGACGAAAAUCCGCCAGUAGACAUUGCUCAGGAACAAGUACCAGUGGAAGUGCUCGACGCUGAGGCCGAAAAAGUGGUCGAAAACAUCAAGACCGCCGAUUCGGAUGGGGAAAAGGGGACACCCGAUGGCAAGCAAGUGGCGUUUGCCGAGGAUGGUCGGCCCAAAUUUGUCAAACAUAUCAACAAAACGCGAACAAUGUCUGGUCGUCAAAAGUGGGAUUGGGCUUUUGAAAAGAUCAUCCAGGUCGUGAAAAGUCAGACCGGCACAACAAUUGUCCCAACCAAUAGAGGAACGAUCCUCCACUCCAAGAGAAAGAUAGUCAACGUGAAGGAGAACAUGUUCUUCCGACCAAGGCACACGCGUCCUCGAGUCGGUUCUGCCGUGUCUGUCGUGCCUGGCCGAGCAGUCGGUCGAGUUCCAGGGGGAGGGGGAGGCAGCAGCGGCGGCGGCGGCGGUGGAGGGGGUGGGGGAGAAAAUGGCCCUCCUCAAGAAGUCAUCUUUCAUCCCGCUCUUUUCGGGCCAGCUGCAAUUUCUCCCGCGGGUGGACAUCCGGGGGUUAGCACGGGUGGUGGGAGAGGUUUUGGUGGGUCUUCACCAAUACCAUCGCGUCCCAGUGUUCCAAAUGUUAUGCCCCGACCAAUACAAAAUUUGAAAGGGCCUGUCCCUUUGCACUAUGGAAGUCAAGGCCAUUUUGGAGGGCACCCUCCUCCACCUCCACUCCCACAGCCUGACCCUUUUGUGGAGGAGCAGAUGGAAAUCUUGGCCGACAAAGUUGAAGGGUUGGAGGGGGAGUUGCGAUACGCUUGGCGGGCUUUGGAUGUUUUGAGUCAAGAGUACGUCAAAAUGUGGCAACGAUUGGAAAAAAUGGAAGGGCUUUUAUCGGAACAGCAAAGCGUCAUCACCCAACUCAUUGACUUGUACUCGGUCGAUAGCUCUGACAACGCGGAUGGGAAAAGUGGUAUGGUGUCUCCGACAUCUGGAAUUUGUUCCAUGCACAGCCGAACGAUUCCAGAUGAGAAUUUCUACAAAGCUUUGAACGCUGCACACGAAGAUGCCAAUGCUGACAUGUGCCUGGCGUUAAGUGCGAGCCAAAGCAUCGACGAUUUUGUCAGUCCAGAUGUCCUUUCUAAACCAGCAAUUAACCAAAAGGGUCAAUUCCCUGACUACCAUUCCGUACACUCAUUUGAUGCAAAGAAAGGCAAAAGAAACAGCCGAACUCGAAUUCGCCAUGGAAGUCAAGGAUCGCCCGAUGAUUCUGAUGAGGCCAAAUCCGUUACGUCAAGUGUACGAUCGUCUCAGAGUGCCUCGACUGUGAACUCAGAUGAUGUCGGUGAUUUUCCUAUCCCCAGUGAUCUCAGCCCAGGCUAUGAUAAUAUAACCCCACCAUCGUUGAAGCAAGAGCCGACGAUACUCAAAGACAAGAAUGUCAAGAAGAAACGCUCCAAAGUAGAAAAAGUUGCGGACCACCCACCAUUAUCAGGAGGUUUCAGGGGAGCCGAGAAACGUGAGAACAAGUGCAAGCCAUCUCCCGAGAAGAGCUCUCUGUCAUCGACGGCUAAGCAUACUGAGAAAAUAAAAAACAACCGGGAUUUGAAUCAGUCCUCUUCAAAGAGCGACGGUGGCGAGAGCCCUCUUACUCUGAUAGGAGGUAAAUACUCGUUUUCAUUGGCUGUUGAAGGGGACACUGUUUCCAGCAGUGAGGCUGUGUUAAUGCCGCCACACAAGGGAGCGGGGAACAUGGGCUCGCCUGGGGUCUCUAAUGGAAAACCAUUGUUUCAAACUGUGCAGACGGCCAUGAAACCCAUGGUUGAUGUGGAGAAAUCAAAACCGAAGGAAAAGAUGAUCAAAUCCAGCAAACGGCCUCAGCCCAAUACCCCAGACUCCAAGCCAUCAAAACCAGACAGCAUUCAGGCUGAGCAUUCUUUGGGACAAAAAGAUGCUCCUCCUUCCGUCAGGAGCAACGACGUGGAUAAGCUUGUGGAUAAGAAGAAGAGCAUAGUUGAACAAAAGCGCAAAGAAAAUAAUCAGCAGGAAGAACCACCAGGCACCAAACAUUCACAAGUUGCAGCAACAUCAAAGCCUCCGAAAGAGAAGAAACUGCCCAGCCAGGGAAUUCUACCUAAAGUUCUCUCUGUCAUUCCAAGUGCACUUGUUAGUGAAACCCAAGAACAACUAAAAGCAAGGAAAUUGUCCCUGAAAGAGAAGCGAAAACUGCGAGCAGUGCGAGAACUAAAUCCCAGGGAGCUUGAUCUGGGCGUUGGAGAGCAAAGCCAGGAUCCUUCGAUUCUAUAUCCACUAGAGGAAGACCCUCGCCCCGAUGAUCCCCAUCCUCCGCCAAAGCAAAAGCAUCAGCCGUCACAAAAACAACAACAGCAGCAGCAACAACAACAACAACAACAACAACAAUCCCAGGGGCUUAACUCAGGACAACUUCAGCCUCACACUGCCAAUAACCUGCCAACUUCAGUCUCUGCUAAUAGUAAGAAAUUGGAUUCAAGUGAAUCUGACCACAGCAUAAGAUCUGAUCCAAUCUUAAGCCCCAGGGGUGAACAAGAUGGUUCUUCAGGGAACACUUGCUCAGACUCUCCAAACAAUGGUCAUAUUCAGCUGAAAUCAGUUCCGUCUAGGGAAUUCGCUGUGUCUCGAGCUCUCGGAAAAUACCGCCAAAAGCAGCAACAAAAAAGUACCAGUAGCAACUCAGACUCCCAAGAGGAGUUAGAUAUCGCUACCCCCACUGCCCCGAAAGAAGUUGUGAUUACUCCCGAGAGUAAGGAUCAAGCUGGUCCAGAGGUAUUGAACGCGCCGGCCGAAGACCGUCCUGAAUCUCCUUACGAGGUGGCAAGGCGAAGAUCUAGCCAAAAAGAAGCCGACAUUGAGGCCACACUCAAGAAUCUUGAUGCCAAGCUAGCAGAAAUAGAGGGAUCCACGAAGCAAGUGGUCAAGAAGUAUGGUUCGGAGGAAAAGCCGAACACUUCCAAAGACGCUAGUUUGAUUAAGAGUGGAGCAAAAGAAACCGAAGGUGAACACUCUAAGGGUACAGCAUCCAAUGGCACCUGUAAAAAGAUUGCCGGCUCCAAACGGCAGAGCACUGAAGAAAGUAUUGAUUCAGAGGAUGAAUGGUUCCAAUAUGAGCUCCGCCAAUUGGAAAACAUGGAGUUUGAAGAGAAGGCUCAGCAAAUCAAGCCCAAUGAUGUUGUGAUGAAACAAAUGGAGGCGGUUGUGAAGCAAUUGAAGGCCACAGUUCCGUACAUUACCAAAGAGGAGUGUGACGAAAUUGAGUCUGAAAGGAAGCAAAGGCAAAGCGCUCUCACGGGCAAACCUUCUUCUUCGUCGGAAGAUGAGGAUGAUGAAUUCAUUCCCACUCCUCCGUCUGACAAUGAAGUAAGGGCAAAGAGGAUAGCGAAAUCCGCCAUGAUGCGUUUUGAAAGCUCCGAUGUUGACGACGGUGAUGAUGAUGAUGAUGAUGAGGAGGAGGAGGCUGAUAAUGGACACUAUGGUGGGAACAAAAACGGUUUCGGACACAAAUUUGUCAUCAAGACAAAAGAUAAAAGUGGCAGUGAUAGUUCGAGUCCAAAGGCGAAACUUCUUCCAGCGCAUAGUAGCUCUGACGAUUCGGAUGCCACUCAAUCUGGGCCCGACUCCUACGGCGAAGAUAGCGUCGACGACGUUGAAGAAAUUGAAACGCUUGAUGAUGAUGAUGACCAAGACCGAGAGCAAGUUAAGGAAGAGGAAGAAGAAAAUAUAGACGAAAUUGUCCAAGCCAUCCAGGCCACUUCCCCUAAGAAGAAGGAGCUCGUCGUACAAUCAAGCCCUCAUAUGAAUAAUGCUCCGGAAGCAGAAGAAGCGAAUCGAGUGGCGGAAAUCAAAGUGCCAUUGCCAUCACAAACAGCUCCAGCUCCCAAGGCAAAAAUGGCUCCCUUGCCAAUUCAACAAGCUGCCAAACCAAGUAGUGGCGAAGGAUGUGUGUCAAAUGCUCCUCCUUCCCAGCAACCGAGAGGCCCGUUAAGAAUGGGGCCUCCGCCAAAGAGGCAAACUCCUUCGCCAAAGGGGAAUUCUCCCCCUAAAGUGUCGCCUUCUGAUUCUAUCCAUCACGGUUCAACGCCUCGUGGCACCCCGCCGAGAAAGUCACCUUCCACGCCACCUAAAAAAGAGUCGGCGAGUGACAAGUCACCCAAUAAGGACACUGACAGGGAAGGAAGCACUCCAGGAUCAGGUCGAACCACACCCCCUGGUGGAAGCAAGGAGAGUUUGAGCAGCAUUGCGAGUUCCAAACGAAGUGUGCCAAGCCAUCACAGCAAGUCAAGUUCAUCCUCCACGAGAUCGAGGGAAAGUAAUUCCAUUAGUAAGGCCACUUCUGAUAAAUCCUCUGACAAAGAGAAGGACGAGGAAGAGGAAGAAGAAGAGGACGAAGGCGAGAAGGAAGAGCUGUUCGUCGAGCCUGACGUAGACGUUGAUUACUUGAACCAAGACAAUUCAGGGUUCCCAGAUGCAAGCACCUAUGAGGACAACGACUAUGGCGGAUACUACGAUGCCAACGGAGAAUGGGUGGAGGCAGGUGGAUAUUAUGACGAAAACGGGGAUUGGGUGGAAACUGGCGGGUAUUACGAUGAAAAUGGAGAAUACGUCGAAUACUCGGGAUAUUAUGACGAUAACGGGGAAUGGGUUGAUGUUGAUCCGCCCGUCAACUACUAUGAGGCAGAGCAAGCAUAUAAUGAAGAUCCCGGAGGUGGGAUUCCUCCAGAUCCGGGAGAAGAGCCUCCAAUCGGCCAAGAAUACAAUGCAAAUUCGCAUCCUUUUUUAGCGGUCGCGGGGGUGGCUGCGUCGACAGAGGAAAUAGUUGAUGAACACCACGACUAUUUGAUUCCCCAGACUUCUCUGUCGGGGCAGACCACUCCCAGGACCCAAAGCAACUCAUUAAUUAAUCAUGGCUAUGAGCAUGAGGAGGACCACACUGAAGGAGAAAUGGACAACUAUGAAGAGGAGGAUGACGACGACGAGGAGGAAGAGGAGGCUAAGGAACACCACCAUCUUGAGGACAAUCUCGAGGUGAACUCUCAAAGCGAGGAUCCUACUGAACUGCAUGAUGACGAGCAAGAACAUGACGAAGAUCAGGAGUCAGAUAGUACUUUAGGUGAGAAGGGCUUGCCUGAUGAACGGAUAACAGAUUCAGAAGAGGAAGACAAAGAAGAAGAGGAAGAACUUAGUGACGAGGAAAAGGUGCCCUCCUUGAUCGCCAACGGCCAUGCUCAUGCCGACGACUUGAGUCCUGUGAGUGGAAAGUCUGCACAGUCAGAGAAGAGCAAAAAGUCCAUUUCGGACGGACAGCAAAACGAUUUGAAAAAUGUGUCUGGGGAUAUGAAAGAUAUACAAGAAAGUGAAAUAGGUGAUCCAGCCGUGCAGGAACGUCUGGCCACUAUUCUAGCUAAAAAAGCCGCCAAAACGGGUGCCAAUGGAAGUCGAUGGGAAGCCUUAGGCCAAACACUGAAGAAUCGGAAGGCUGAUCUCCUAGAAUUGGAAAAACGUACGGAUGGACGGGCAAGCAAACCUGGAGCCGAUAAUCCGUUUUUCAAGGAUAUUGACUCCAUGGAUGAAUACCGCCCUCGACGCAAAUCGAUUCCUCUUGUGUCUGAGCUCGUUCUCAAGACCAUGGCCGCCAAACGGAAUGCUACUGGACUGGCAUCAGCCAUGCCCCGGCAAAGCUUAAACGACGAGGAACUGAAAAUGCACGUCUACCGAAAGACGCUACAAGCCUUGAUCUACCCAAUUUCGAGCACCACACCGCACAACUUUGUGCUCUGGAGUGCCACAUCCCCCACAUACUGCUACGAAUGCGAGGGCUUAUUGUGGGGCAUCGCCCGUCAAGGAGUCCGAUGCACGGAAUGUGGAGUGAAAUGUCAUGAAAAGUGCAAGGAUCUCCUGAACGCCGACUGCCUGCAACGUGCGGCUGAAAAAAGUGCCAAACAUGGAGCAGAUGACAAAGCCAAUGCCAUCAUUGUGGCCAUGAAGGAGCGAAUGAAGAUCCGCGUGGAGGAGAAGCCUGAAGUGUUUGAGCUCAUCCGAACCACCUUUGAUGUAAAGGCCGAUACACAUUUGGAUUUGAUGCACCAGGCCGAGCAGGCUGUCCUUGAUGGAACUUCCAAAUGGUCUUGUAAGAUCGCUAGCACAGUGAUCUGCGCUCAAGGCCUCAUCGCCAAGGAUAAGACGGGAACCUCGGACCCUUAUGUGACGGUACAAGUGGGGAAAUCCAAGAAACGAACCAAAACCGUUCCUAAAGAACUUAAUCCAGAAUGGAACGAAAAAUUCUACUUCGAGUGCCACAACUCUUCGGAUCGAAUCAAGGUUCGAGUGUGGGACGAAGACAACGAUUUGAAGUCCAAACUACGGCAGAAACUAACCCGAGAGUCGGAUGAUUUCCUCGGCCAGACCAUCAUUGAGGUUCGAACCCUCUCGGGUGAGAUGGACGUGUGGUAUAAUCUGGAGAAGCGUUCGGACAAGAGUUCCGUCUCAGGUUCGAUCCGACUGCAAAUCAGUGUGGAAAUCAAGGGCGAGGAAAAGGUGGCUCCCUAUCACGUCCAAUACACGUGCUUGCAUGAAAACCUCUUCCACUAUUUGUGCGAGCAGAACGGGGGCGAUGUGAAGUUGCCCGAGGCCCACGGAGAAGAUGCUUGGAAGAUCUAUUUCGAAGGACCUCAGCAGGAAAUCAUUGACGAGUUUGCUCUUCGUUACGGGAUUGAAUCGAUCUUCCAAGCCAUGACUCAUUUUCACUGCCUUUCGUCCAAGUACCUGUGUCCUGGUGUGCCCGCCCAAAUGAGCACAUUGCUUGCCAAUAUCAAUGCUUUCUAUGCUCACACAACCGCCACCAACAACGUAUCAGCUUCAGAUCGGUUUUCAGCCUCCAAUUUUGGGAAAGAUAAGUUUAUCCGACUGUUGGACACCCUCCACAAUUCCUUGCGAAUUGACUUGUCCAUGUAUCGAAACAACUUCCCGGCUUCCAGUCCAGAAAAGCUUCAGGACCUCAAGGCUACUGUGGACUUGCUCACCAGUAUUACGUUCUUCAGAAUGAAAGUUCAAGAGUUGGCGAGUCCUCCGCGAGCCAGCACUGUGGUAAAGGAUUGUGUCAAGGCGUGCCUCCGGUCCACCUACCAAUUCCUCUUCGAGAACUGCCACGAGUUGUACAACCGAGAGUUUCAGGAACCCGGUGGAAACGAUCCAACCAAGAAAGACACUGAGGAAGGGGGUCCUCGCAAGGACGACCUGGAAUUUUGGCACAAACUCAUCGCACUCAUCACUUCUGUUAUCGAAGAGGACAAGAACAGCUAUGGUCCGGUGUUGAACCAGUUUCCCCAAGAGCUUAACAUUGGUCACCUUUCGGCCGCCACAAUUUGGAAUCUCUUUGCCAUGGAUAUGAAGUAUGCUCUGGAGGACCACGCCCACGAGCGCCUCUGCAAAAGCUCGACCUACUUAAACUGCCAUUUUAGAGUGAAAUGGCUUUACAAAACAUAUGUGUCACAUGUUCCACCGUACAAGGGCCAGGUUCCGGAAUAUCCAGCAUGGUUCGAGCCGUUCGUUCUUCAAUGGUUGGGUGAAAAUGACGAAGUGUCUCUUGAAUUUCUGCACAGUGCCUAUGCUCGGGAUAAAAAAGACAAGUUCCAAAAGAAUACCGAGCAUUCGAACUUUUCAAAUUCGGUGGUGGAUGUUUUCACGCAACUUACUCAAUGCUUCGAGGUGCUGCAAAAGUUAGAAUGUCAAGAUCCAGAGAUCUGGAAGCGAUAUAUGAAACGAUUUGCCAAAACUGUGGUCAAAGUGCUGACCUCUUACGCCAAUCUCCUGAAACAGGACUUUCCGAAUCAUGUGCGGGAUGAGGCCACGGCUUGUGUUUUGAUGAAUAAUAUUCAGCAAACCAGGAUUCAACUGGAAAAGACCUACCAGUCCAUGGGAGGGCAAGAACUAGAAGAGGACGCCGCCUCGGUCCUCAACCAAUUGCAAUCCAAACUAAACAAAGAUUUGGACGAAUUGGCCCAAAUAUUUGCUGGCAGCUUCAAUCGUCGUGUGGACGUGUCUGUGAUGGCCAUGGGAAAACUCCUGUUCGAGGUCAAAGGUGGAGGUCAUGGUCAGGCUAUCUCCAAGUCUGAAGUUCAAGCAGCCGCUGAUGGCAUCUUGCAGCCUCUUAUGGACUUAUUAGACGGUUCUCUGAGCAUGUACGCUGAAAUCUGUGAUAAAUCGGUUUUGAAGCGCCUUCUGAAGGAAUUGUGGAAGAUUGUGAUGCGGUCAUUGGAGAGAAAUAUAGUACUUCCACCCAUCAAUGACAAAGCUGCUGUGAUCAAGAACUUGGCUGGCGAUGUGAAGAACAUUGCCGAGAAGACAAAGAAAGUUGAAGACGUGACGGGAUUUUUCAAGACAAAGUUUAGCGGCAAAGGCGAUGUCAAGGACAUGCUCAAUGUUGUGUCGGACAUGAAGGAAGGACAAAAUCGAAGUUUAUCCCCGAAGCAAUGUGCCGUGCUUGAGGCUGCUCUGGAGACCAUCAAGCAAUAUUUCCAUGCGGGCGGCGUUGGACUCAAGAUGAGUUAUGUGAACAAAUCCGAAGACUUGAAAUCCCUUCAACAUGCACUCUCGCUUUACACCCAAACAACAGACGCCUUAAUCAAGAACUUUGUGGCCACUCAAAACAAUCAAGACACAUCCUCGUCCGACGAAGGUAGUGCAGGAGAGGUGUCCGUUCAAGUUGACCUCUAUACACAUCCGGGAACCGGCGAGCACAAAGUCUCGGUGAAAGUGGUGGCAGCCAACGACCUGAAAUGGCCCAAAACGCAGACUUUCAAGCCGUUCGUUGAGGUCAAUUUGAUUGGUCCGCACUUGUCCGAUAAAAAGCGGAGACAAGUGACCAAAACCAAAAAUGCCAAUUGGUCCCCAAAAUACAAUGAAAGUUUCAAUUUUAUCAUUGGUAACGAGGAGUCCAUGGCCUCGUACGAGCUUCACAUUGGCGUCAAAGACUACUGCUUUGGCCGAGAUGACCGACUUAUUGGCGUGUCCGUGAUGCAAUUGAAAGACAUUCAAGAUCAAGGUUCGUGCGCUUGUUGGCUGGCUUUGGGACGUCGCAUCAAUAUGGACGAGACGGGCUGGACCAUCUGGCGCAUCCUCUCUCAAAGAACCAACGAUGAAGUCGCCAAGGAGUUUGUCAAAUUGAAAUCCGAGGUUCGAGGUGAAGAUCCUCAAGUUCUUCAAUAGAAUAAGAAUCCCUAGGAAGAAAAGUACAUUGUAUGUCUUCGUCGAAGGAUCAUCAGCAGGUCAGCUCAGUUUACUUGAGUGAAGAGCUGAUUCCUCGGUCAUAUCUGGUGUUGAAAGUUGUUGAAUGGUCAAUGAAGUCAAUCAAUGACUGAAUGAGCGAGUGAGCGAGUGAGUGCUUGCUUUAGGCAUAAAGAGCACAAACAAUGGCGACAAAUGAUUCUUCAUAUUCCAUUCCGCAUCCUUUUGUAAAACCUCAUUAUUGUUCUGAUUAAUCUCCUUUACUGAUUGCUGCUAUUACCAUUAUCACUAUUAUCAUGGUACCGUACAUACUUUGAGUAUCCAAAUAUCAAUUGUUGCAAUUUUGAAAAUGCCUUACGACUGCUAAUUACUAUUACCAUCAUCAACAUGUUCAUUCUUAUUAUCAUUCCAGUCAUUAUUAUUAUUAUCAUUAUCAUCAUGAUUACUAUCGUUGCUGCUACUGAUAGCUCGAUUACAUCGGACAUCCAUCCGAUGGGUUGUGUUCUUUGGGCGGAAACACCCACAUUUAACGAGCAUUUCCAUAAUCAUUAUCAUGCUGACAUGUAUAACCAAGCCCACUUAUAAUCAAUCGAUUGAAACCCAUUUCUCCAAUCAUUAUUGAAACCCUUAUUAUCCCAUAUAUACCUUUUUAAUGUUGUUAAAACCUAAAGGUUGGCAAUUAUCGAAAUACAGUCUAUUUCCCAUUUCAA